GUUGAAAGGAACCGGCAGUUGUGUGGCGUGUUCUGAGUGUGCUAAACUCUCACUCCGAGACUCGGUGAUAUGUGACGUUUAAACUUUAAUUUGUAUUUUGUCCAUUAAUAACGAAAACCUCAUAAAAAAAGUGUGAAAAGGAAAUCUCAAAUAAAAAAACCAGUUGCUAGUAUCAACACAUUUAGACUUAUAAGAGCUUACAUCAGGUUUCAACUGCAAGUCAAGACUUAACUCUGACUGAGUCUCGUAAGAACUAAGAAUAGGCCUAAGAGCUAAGUAACGUAACGUUACCAAGACUUUGAAGAAUUACGUUAUGAUUUAACGUAAAUAAAGAAUUCUGAAUGCAUAGGUUAAAUUAUAGUAGACCACAGUAAUUAUCGUUAAGAUCGUAAUAAAUCUGAACUGGACAAAAGUAACGUUAAGGUUUAAGCCUAAUUCGUAACGCCAAACUUACUGUAAUUUUUGUUUCUAACAAAAAUAAAAGUACCACAAUUUAUAAACCUGGAACAAGGUGUGGGAUUAAUAAAAGUCAAAAUAAAUGUGUCAAAGCACGGUAAUGUGAUGUUUAGUGUAAUUCAUAGAACUUCAAUAAACAUAAAUUUUUUAGUCAUUUUACUAUCUUAAUAGUAAUAGUAUAUCAAAAUAAGUUAUAAUAAAAAUUAUUUCUCUACUGAGCUAUAACUAUUGAUUACAUCUUACUUAGGUUAUGCCUAUGUGUCAGACUUCUUAAGAUGAACCUUGCAUGUGUGCUAAUUUUGGAUAAAGUGCACCAGUUAAAUACCAGUAUUUAAAGACAGCAAAUGAUAUCAUUAGUACACCUGGUGGUUUGAAGCACUGCAAAUUAAUUAUGGGUGUUCAGAUUUUGCAACGUUUUAUUGAGCAGCACUGUCCUGGUGCAAGUGUUCCUGUUGACCUUCUAAAAAUUGCUCGUAGUAUAGCUGUUCGACGCAUUGGAGGUGGAAGAUGCAAUCCAUUGUUACCUUAUUAUGACCAUUUAUGUCUGGUAGUAGAUGGAGAAUGUUGUUUAGAUAGACUUUAUGGUGGAUACUUUUCUGACUGGGUAUGUGGUGGACAGUGGAAUCGAAUGGUCCAGUUCCUGUCAGUGUUAAUAGACACAAUUCAUAACAACAACAUAGAGGUGGUGAUGUUUUUUAAUGGUGGGCUUGAACCACAAAGAAUGGAUGAAUGGGUUAAACAGCAACAAGCUGAUCGAAAAAAAAUAAAUCAAGUAAUUAAACAUGUAGCAACAAGAGCAACUCCACCCCCAAAAGUUUGGUGGAUCCCACCAGUUUGUUUACGUACUUGUCUUAGAAUGGCUUUACGAACUCUCAAUGUGCCAGUAGUCUGUAGUAUGGAUGACCAUCACCAAGAAGUGAUUGCAUUCUGCCGAGAGAAUAACUUCCACGGGUUAUUGGCAGAAGAUGCCGAAUAUAUCAUUUUUGAUCCACCACGGUAUUUUUCAUCAGAACAACUCAAGCUUACCUACAAGGGCUCACUUGAAACAAAAGAAUUCAUUCUAAAUGAGGUUGCCCAAAAUCUAAAUCUUCAAGAGAAUCGGUUCUGCAUCUUUGCAGCUUUGUUGGGUAAUUACUUGUUGACAGAAGAAGAUCUGACACCUUUUCAUCAUUACUUGUGUCCAGAUCAGCCAAAAGGAAAGCCAAUCCCAUCAGAAGUUCUCAUCCAGGCCUUGGCUGAAUAUGUACGCUCACUUAACAAUGUUGAAAACUUGGAUACCAUAGGUACCCAGAUUUUUGGGCAAGCUGGACAGGAAGAAAUCCAAAAAUUUAAACACAGCACUCAGUAUUAUCUAAAUGGAACUAAGGAUGGCUUUCUACAAUAUCAACCAACUUUGCAAGACCACAGGACUAUCAGAGGAAAGGAACCCACUCCUCCCACAAGUGGUAAGGCAGAACCAGGUUGUUAUCCUGCUAAAGGAGGAAUUCCUGAGUUUAGGGAUGAGACAUCACAAAAGUUUCCAAAUUAUGAUCCAUCAGGAGAACAAAAGAACAGUACCUUGACCUCAACACUAUCAGCAAACAGCAAUGACUUUUUUCCCAAAACAAAUGCUUUGGGUUCAGAAAAAACAGGGGGGGAGUUCUCAAAUCUUUCAACAUAUCAAGGUGGAGGAGGAGGAUACACUAGCCCAGGUAAUGCUUCUGCUGGUUUCAAUGGAACAGCAGUGGUCAGUUCUAGUAAUACCUCCUCAGGAAGUAAUAUUUCUAGCCCUAAUAGAACGAGUCCAGAAAGUUCAUGGUCUGGAUCGAUUAACCAACAAAAGGGUGAAAUUAAACUACCUGUUACGAUUGAAGAAGACAUUCCCAGAGACGUACCUCUUGGAGCAGUAUUGUUUAGGCCUCUGAGACAGAUGGUCUAUGCUAUCUUGUUUAAUUUGCACCAUCAACAUUUCUUAGCCAAACAAAAGAAAGAAAAGGAAGGAGUGGAAGAAAAAGUACCGGAUGUGAUAAUUAAGGAGUGGACCUGGAACAAACAUAAGCAGUACAGUAGUCCAGAUUUGGUUCCUGCUGUACCUCUGGGUUGGGCUGUUCCCACUGUACAGCGGUUGUGGUGUGGUACCGCACCUGAUGAGAAGAAACGUCGACUAAGAGCUUUCCUAACGUGCAUGCACAGUGACACGCCGUUGAUGUUAAACACAGCAUAUGUUCAGCAGCACCUUCUUGUUUUGUGUUGUGUAUUAAGAUACAUGAUGACGGAUGAACGACCCAUUUUCCGAAAGUACGAACUAGAUGCCUUCCUUGCUCAAGCUGUGUCUCCACAUCUUACAAAUGCAGAAUUUACUCAGAACAUGCAGAUACCAGUUAUCACCAACAGAGGUGUUGAGCUAGCCACUUUAUUUAUGCAAGGAGUUGAGUGUGCAUUGUUUGUUAACGAUAGCUGUGGUGCUCCACUUCCAUGGUUGAUGUGCUGCCCCUGGUUGUUUUUUGAUGGCAAACUCUUUCAUCAGAAGUUGCUCAAAGCUGCAGGUGCUAAGAAUCUCGUUGACAUAUGUGAUGGACAGAUUGACCAAGUUUCCGCAGUAGAACGGAUGCGUGCAGCCAUCCUCGAAGGACUGCAACCACAAUUUGCAUAUCCACCAUUUCCUCCUGUAAAUCCUUCAUUUGGUGGAUACUAUGAAUCACCACUUUUACCCACUCCAGUUUCAAAUCGUGGUCGUGGGCGAGGCUUUCGUUAUGGACCUGGAGGUCGAGUUAUAGACCGUGGUGGACAACUGGAAAUAGCAGGUGUUGUAGUGGGCAGCUGGGGAGCUAAUUAUGGCCAGGUACCCCCUCGUGGAGCCAUGAGUAAUUAUCCUUAUUAUGGAAACUCUAAUAUGGGUGGAUUUGGUCGGGGAGUUGCUCCUCGUCGAACCAUCUCUACAAAACUUCGCAAAUCUAACACUGGAGCUAUUCAGCAUUAA